UAUAGUGAUAUUCUUGCUUGCAAUUGGAAGUUUUGGUUGUCACAAAAAUUGAAUGAGGUUCAUUGCCUUCCUUUAAUAAGACUUUUUUUCGGAAAAUCUUGUAUUUAACAAUUAUAAAAUGAUUGUUAAAAAGAUAAUAGCUUCUAAUAUCUUCCACAAAGUUAGACAGCUAGAAUCACUAUCUAAAACCAAUCUUCUUGCAAAUUCAUGUAAACUUCCUCAGUUUGGUAGAACGUCCACAACUCUGGCAAAUCCUAAACAAUGUUUACAUUCUAAUGUAAUGAAUAAUGGAACUAAGUUUCCAGUAAUUGGAACUGUUGGUCUGCAAUUGAGUCGGAAAGCAAGUACAAUUAAUAGCGAUCAUGUACGUCUUUGGGUUUUCGAAAAACUUGUCUCAUCAGCACUUCCAGUCAUAAUUCCUGCUGCAUUAAUAAUGGAAAAUGCUGCUCUUGAUGGAAUUAUGUCUGUAUUAAUUGUGAUGCAUACACACUGGGGUUUGGAGGCUAUUAUUACAGACUAUGCACGUCCGAUUAUUGUUGGAACAGUAGUACCAAAAGUGCUGCACUUGUCGUUAUUUAUCCUUUCAGCAGUUACACUUUGUGGACUGCUUGUACUUAUAAAUGAUGGCCCUGGUGUUUCAAGGGCUAUUAAAAACUUUUGGGCCAUUGGUAAAAAACCUAAAGAGAGUGUUGCUAGCGAUGAAUAAUUGUUAUUGUAAUUUUAACACCUCAAUAGAUGAUUAAUUUAGAUAUUUGAUAAUUAUAUAUUGUAAAUUAUUUCAGAAUAAACUAUUUAUCAUUGAA